UCCUCCUCUGACCCAUUUAGACUAACUAGUCUCUUGCUCAAUUAACAUUCCUAUAUCAAUCCUCCGUCUCUUGUCACGUUAAUUCCCCGCAAUGCGUGUUCCGACCCCACUCCUUCGAAGGAGUUGGAGCUCCUCUAUAGCAGCCACCGCGAGAUUAAAUCCUCGACAACCUACUUCUCUACCCCCAACGCAGUCCUACGGGGCUUCAACAUCUAUUUCUGUUUCUUCCGUUCGAUCAGUCGCCAGCUAUACCCACCCACAUCAUGCCUCUGCCAUAUCCGUCCUUCCUACGGCGGUGGACACCUCGUCGUCCGAAUUCCAAGAGAAUGCACAACAGAUGCAAGAGCUGAUAAAUAGCAUGUCCAAUCUCCAUAACAAGAUUGCGCAAGGUGGCCCGCAGAAAGCAAAGGACAAACAUAUCGCCCGUGGGAAGAUGCUUCCCCGAGACCGUGUUACAGCCCUUAUUGACCCAGGCACAUCGUUUCUGGAACUCUCUCCGCUAGCAGGGCACGAAGUGUACGGUGAAGACGUCCCCGCGGGUGGAAUCAUUACCGGAAUUGGAACGGUAGAAGGAGUGGCGUGCAUGAUCGUGGCGAACGACAGCACUGUCAAAGGCGGUACCUACUACCCCAUCACCGUGAAGAAGCAUCUUCGCGCCCAGGCAAUUGCCCAAGAGAACAAGCUGCCGUGUAUCUACCUGGUGGACUCAGGUGGCGCAAACCUCCCCCACCAAGCCGAUGUUUUCCCGGACAAGGAACACUUUGGCCGAAUUUUCUUUAACCAGGCUCGAAUGAGCUCCCAAGGAAUCCCCCAGAUAUCUGUGGUUAUGGGUCCCUGCACCGCUGGGGGUGCUUAUGUCCCAGCCAUGAGCGACGAAUCCAUCAUUGUUGAAAACCAAGGCACUAUUUUCCUGGCUGGUCCUCCGCUCGUCAAGGCCGCCACUGGUGAAGAAGUAUCAGCUGAGGAUUUGGGAGGCGGUCAUCUACACAGCACAAUUUCCGGCGUGACCGACUAUCUCGCUGUAGAUGAUGCCCAUGCUCUGAUUCUCGCUCGCCGAUCCAUCUCCAACCUUAACUACCCGACAACAGCGACCGCCGAAAACCUGAGCCUCACUGGCGAGGAGAUUAAAGAACCCCUCUACGACCCCACAGAGCUCAAUGGCAUCGUAGGAACUAACCUACGCCGCCAAAUUCCCGUGCACGAGGUCAUUGCUCGCAUUGUCGACGGUAGCGAAUUUGCCGAAUUCAAACGCGACUACGGCACAACGCUGGUAACGGGGUUUGCCCGUAUAUUCGGCCACCAGGUGGGCAUCGUUGCGAACAACGGCAUCCUAUUCUCGGAGUCCUCACUCAAAGGUGCCCACUUCAUCGAGCUCUGUGCGCAGCGCAACAUCCCACUCGUCUUCCUCCAGAACAUCUCAGGCUUCAUGGUGGGUGCGGAUGCGGAAAAGGGUGGCAUUGCAAAGAACGGCGCAAAGCUUGUCACUGCCGUCGCCUGUGCGGAUGUCCCCAAGUUCACCAUCGUGUUUGGCUCCAGCGCUGGCGCCGGAAAUUACGGCAUGUGUGGCCGCGCAUACUCCCCCCGGCUCAUGUUCAUGUGGCCCAACGCCAAAAUCGGCGUUAUGGGAUCCGAGCAGCUUUCGGCAGUGAUGGAAGCUGUAGGCCGAGCCGCAGACCCUGAGCUCAAGGCACGCAUUGACCACGAGUCUGAGGCAAUUUUCUCCUCUGCUAGACUAUGGGACGACGGAGUGAUCCCUCCUGCCCAUACUAGACGUGUUCUGGGGUUGGGUCUAGCUGCUGCGUUGGGUGGACGGGCGGACAAGCAUGUCCAGACGCGCUUUGGAGUGUUCCGGAUGUGAUGUGAUUACCUGUUGACUAUAUUAUAUUAUGUUAUCAUUCCUAUAAAGUGAUCCCCGUAGAUAUAUCAUGUAUUUUAUCUCGCACCGGAUAUUGUGAAGGUGUUGAGAUCCCGGCUAAUCAGGAUGGCUGGAUAGUGCUUUGGUAGGCUUUAAUAAACAAAAGCAAAGAGUACAUAUAUAUAUAUACAUAGUUGAUACCCUUGGAAGCAAUAUAAUAAAUUCCAAUCCCGUGUUUUUCUAAGCGAAAGUUUCAACUAACUAUUCUUCUCCUGCCUGUCCAAUACCGAUUUAGCCCUGGAUUGCCCAUCCUCGCAAGUACUCAUAGUCCGGCAUUGCAGCCCAAACGGCCUUUUCGAUUUCAUUCGCUUUCUCCUC